CCCGACGUCGGUUUUCGCUUUACGGCAGAGCGUGCUGCUGGAGGUCAGGGGAAUGGUGAAAAGUCGAGCUCAGCAGUCUUUAAUUAAAAUCUGGCAUUUUUACUUGAAAGGUUUACUUAGGAUUCAACACGUGCACUACUAGGACAUUGUAUUUUAGUGACGAUGAAUUCAGCGACUCCUUGUUGAUUAGGGUAUCGUGAAUUUUGAGUGUUUGGACACAGCUAGCGCUUGCUAACGUCAGCCAGGUAGGCUCGGCUAGUAGUUCCGCCGGUCUUUUCCCCAGGUAACCCUUCGAAUCUUUGUAAGCAUGGAUAACAACUCACAAGGAUCAGGGGGGUUCAAGGCAGGUCUCGGGGGAAUCUUUGGAGUCGGUGCACCUGAAUACUCCAACACAGAGCUUGCUGGUGUCCCAUUGACUGGAAUGAGUCCUCUGUCCCCUUACCUCAAUGUUGACCCUCGUUACCUGAUUCAGGACACAGAUGAAUUCAUUCUACCCACAGGCGCUAAUAAAACAAGAGGGAGGUUUGAAUUGGCUUUCUUCACUAUCGGAGCCUCCUGCAUGACGGGAGCAACACUCGGAGCUCUAAAUGGUCUCAGAAUGGGCCUGAAGGAGACCAGAGACAUGGCAUGGUCCAAACCUCGUAAUGUACAGAUUAUUAAUAUGGUGACCAGACAGGGUGCUUCAUGGGCCAACUCUCUGGGCUCUGUUGCCUUGUUGUAUAGUGCUUUUGGUGUGGCGAUAGAGAAGGCCAGAGGAGCAGAAGAUGACCUCAACACAGUGGCUGCUGGGACAUUAACUGGGAUGCUCUUUAAAUCAGGAGGUGGAUUAAAGGGUGCAGCCCGUGGGGGUCUGGUUGGUUUAGCUUUGUCUGGUGCCUAUGCUCUCUACAACAACUGGAACCACCUCACUGGCUCCUCCUCAUCAUCCUCCAGGCUAUACUAAUGUUUCUUCCAGACAUCUGUUUCGACAUUAGGGCCCAGUGUAUCUUGAGGACACAGCCUUUAACCACAGCACUAAGAGAAGUUAGGCUCUGGUCAAAUGCAGUGUGCUCUCCAAGUAUGUGCGAGGCGGCCCCAGUUUCCUCCGGUUACCCACUUUCCUUCCCAGGAGCAUUUUGUAAAUUAAAAGAUUUGGUUUAUUCCAUUGGACUAAAUUCCACAAACAAACCAAAUGCGAACCCUUCACGUCACUUGUUUAUUAUCCUCUGAAGUAUUCCUGUUAUUGAUUUGAUCAGAAAUGAGAACACCCUGGGAGGAUGUUACAUAGAGGUGUGACAUUUGUUAUAUUGUUGAUCGAAGACUUAUGAGCUUCACUGACACUAGUUUUGAAAUCAAAAGACCCACGACAUUGGGGUUAAUUAAAUUAAUUGGUGAGAUGACUUGUGGCAUCUGGUGUGUGUUCACCAGGUGAUUGGCAGUGGAUUCAUGCUCUUAUUUUGGAUUGAAAGACUCUUCUGUUUUAGAAGAGCAAAGAGGUUUUCCACUAAGACCUGCAAACAGAACAAAGCCUUACGGUCAGUUCUACUCUUGUACUUACUGAAGUGUAUCUGCAGUGGGUUUGUUUUAUUAUGCAAGAAGGAAUCAUUGUAAAGUUGUACAGGACAUGUGUCACCAUCAAACCCGCUGUGUU